GAAAUCACAUGAUAGUUUCUUUUAGAGGAAUUUAAAUGUUGCUUAGUCAGAAGGUCGUCGGCCUGAAACGUUAUGAAUUCGAGCAUUACCAGGUGAUAAAUGACUAACUUAUAACGAAGAGGGGUGAUAGCUAUUCUGUAGUCACACAUGGACCAAGGGGACACAGAACGUCUACCUGAGCGCGAGUCAACUCAGCAUCAAGGACCUAAUAUGGUGACUGGAGAAUCAACACGUCCAGAUGACAUUGCCUUCAUCAAUGACCAAACCAUUGAAAGGUUAACAAAUGGACUUAUAGCUCAUUAUCUACCAGAUCUGCAAGACUCCAAGCAAGCACUCCAGGAACUGACCCAAAACCAAGUGAUUUUGCUUGACACGCUGGAUCAGGAAAUUACUAAAUUUAAAGACUGCAAUUCACAGCUUGAUUUAAAUUCACUGUUCACAGAAGCAAAGAUUUAUCAUACCAAAUUGGUGAACAUACGAAGAGAGAUGAUGGUUCUUCAUGAUAAGACAACUAAACUAAAGAAAAGAGCUUUGAAAAUUCAGCAACAGAGACAGAAAGAAACCUUGGAAAAAGAGCAACAGCGUGAAAAAGAGUUAGAGCGAGAACGGCAACUUAUUGCUAAGCCUGCAAAAAGAACAUAAAGAGAUUCAUGGUUUACCACUUCAUUCACAAGAUCUGCACGUGGGUACUAGGCCAAUCAACUGAACACUGUGUUUGUAAAUUACUUUUAUUCCUCAAUAUAGCCCAGGUGCAGAGGCCAAUAUUUCAUUAAGUUUCAUACAUUUGGCCAUUAAGUCCCUCUCUAUAACAUCUUACAAUAUAGGAUACACCAGCUAAUGCUUACAUUCAAAAUGUGAGCUGAAAUGACACAAACAUGAAGUGACGAACAAUGGAAGGUGAUGUAACAUGUCAUUUUUACAAAUCUGUUUAUAGGUUUAUCAGAGAUUAUUUGUGCUUCCAUUGUAUCUAGACCUUCAGCUAGCUCAUCAUGCUUAUUGUCAGUUUACAUCAUAAUACUGUAUUUCUUGAUUUUGUUGAGCAGAAGGCCCUUAAUUAUUAACUUGUUUGUGGUACGUCUUUACUUUAAAAAAGAAGGCUACAUAAUGUCAUAGAGCACAAUGUGAGAUAAUUGUCUGUAUUUGUAUAACACAGUAAAGCCAAUUUAAAGGUU